AAGAGUCUUAUUCUGAUAACACUAGCUAGCUUAUUCGCUCCAUCCCCACAUGGUUUCUUCCCCCACCGGCGCCGCCCCACCCCCAAGCUUCUUCCCGAGCUGGGUUUCUUCCCCAGCCGGCGCCAACCCAGCCCCAUCCGGCUUCUGCACCACCGGUGCCGCCACCACUAGGCAAUGACCUUACCGUGCCUAGCUCCUCCUCCUCCCCGUGGUCAUGGCGCCACCACGUCCCGUCCGGUGCAUUGCCCCAGCCCGGAUUUGCAUCCACAGCGGCCAGAUCCGCCUUCCAACCCCGACCUCCCUACCGGAACCUUCAUCUCGCAGCCGGCGGAGGCCCCGCCGACGGAAACGCCCCCGGUGGUUGGUCGUACAUCGCACCACCAACAACCUUGGCUUCCAGGGUCCCCCGUCUCCUUCCAUGGCGACCUCUGCUGUGUGGGACUUGGACCACCCCACCACCAGAUCCGUCCAGGGGAGGCAGAGGAGCUCCGGGCAGGGGUGCUCAAAGCCGCCACCAUCGGCCACACGCGGUCACCACCUCCGUGCAGGGGCAGAUCCCCCGGGUGCUCUUCCCCCCUAUCUUCACCAUCGUGGUACUCAAGCGCAAUAGAGACAGUGGUGGCGACCUUCUGCCUACUUCCCUCUUGGGAUUCCAUGGCGAUGAAGUAGGCGAGCUGCUCUUUUGUCGCUCAUGGGUGAGCGCGUGACGGGGCUGCUACUGGUCCGAGCUACCACCACCUCUCAUCCCGACGACAUCUACCUAUGUUUCGAGACACCUCACCUUCCGCUCAGUCUGGGUGUCUGUGGUGCAGUAUAGCCACAGUGGACGUGCGGUUCCGUGCUCGUGUAGGUGCGGGUCGUGGGCGCACCAGCGACGACGACAACAACGCCUUAAUCUCCCGCGAGUUCCCGUGCAGUUUGAACUCCCGCUUGUGCAGUACAGUUGACUAGUGUUAGGCGUAGUUUGUGGAUUGCAGGUUCAAUUCAAUGUUUGCUGAGUUCAAUGGAAUGUCAGGGUGCGGACUGUAGGUUCUUUGAGUGGCAUGAUGAUCCAAAUACUCCAUUUCUGAAUUCUCUGCUCGGUAACUUGCGUGAUACCGUGUAUCAUCUGAAAACAGAGAAGAAACAGUUGGAGGAAUCUCGAAUACAAGUUGAAGCUCGCAUGGACAAGGCUAUAGAUGUGGAGAUGGGCACGCAACAGAAGUAGAAGAAAUUCAUAGGAAAUUGAAAAAGAUUUAGAGAGAUGUGGCAGUUUGUCGAGAAAGAUGUGCCAGUAUGUCCAGACA